ACGUGUAAUCAGUUUUGCAUUGUAGGUAACUGUAGAUUUGAUCAAGUGUUUUUGCUCACAAACUUAUAAUAAAUUAUUUUAUUAACAAUAAACAAACAGAUUUAUGUGUACCUAUGUCUAGGUCGCCAAAAGUGGUCACGCUAAUUUGUCCAUGACUGUCAGUCUUUAAUAGUUUCUCGUCGGCGAUAGUUAUCAAUCUAACCUAACUCUCAGCUGGCAGCAAAGUAAUUUAACCGGCAGUAAAAAGGCCACAUGGGAGCACGAGCACAUUUGUUUAUCUACGAUGUUGUCUAUAAGUAACAUUAAAAUGAUUAAUUUCGCGAAGCAUUUAAUUUGGAAAAAUCAUACAGGUAACACGUACUCUCAUUUAAGAAGUUUUCGUGACAAAUACAAGCAUGUGGUUCAGGCUUUUAAUUAUUGCACGGAGUACAACACUAUUGAUGUUGCUGAUGUUGUCGAAUCCAAAUCGAGUGUUGAUCCCAGAGUCGAGGCAUUACGAGAAAAAUUGUUAUUUUGCGAUCAUCUGGAUCACCAUAAAGUGGAAGUAGGUUACUUAAUGCGUUUCAAACAGCGAAAAAUAGCCGAAACGAAAGAAAAGAGAGCAAAGACUAAGACUCUCAUUAAUGUUCCUGUGUACAGCGUAUUCUUGGACAAUGAUAAAGGCGACGACAAUGAUUUGCCAAAGGAAAAUACAAAUAUUGAAGAGGAAGACGUAAUAAGGCCUGUACACAUGCCGUAUGCCAGCACAGAUGAAUACACUAGUGUGGAUACAUCUCUGAACAAUUCAGAAAAGAAUAAGAAUGCUUCAGAUCAGAGUUUCGAUGAAAAUAUAACAUCAUUGAAUGAAAAGUACAUGGCUCUGUAUGACAAGUACUUAGAAGCAAAGACAGCAGUUUCUGGUGAGGAGAAAGAGGUAACUCUGAAGGAUUACAUGAAAGAAUUUGAAACAACCAGAUCAUACAAGACAGAUUUUUCCACUGUCCCACCUAAUUGGAUGGUUGACUUUGAGGAAUUCGACGAUACACUUGAAGAAGACACAUGGUUCAAGAAUUACGGCACUCCAGAUCCAAACUCCAGUGUCAGUUUAGUACCAUGCGGUGGAUGCGGUGCCUUUCUGCACUGCAGAGACCCUGCCAUACCAGGUUACUUGCCCUCAGAGUUGUUUCAGAGAAAGAGUGAGCGGAGACUGCGGCGUAUGAUUUGUCAGAGGUGCCAUUUCCUAAAGUAUUACAACACCGCGCUGGAUGUGAAGGUAUCGCCAGAUGAAUACAUAAAUCUCUUGAAGGUAAUAAAGAGGAAAAAGUGUGCCGUUAUUCUGAUGGUCGACCUGACAGACUUUCCAUGCAGCAUAUGGCCUGACAUAAGUAGCGUACUGAGUCCUGGAACGGCAGUAUUCGUGGUAGGGAACAAGAUCGAUCUGUUGCCCCAAGAUUCAAAAGGUUUCUUCGUACACGUCAAGGAGUGCCUGUCGAAGGCCGUGGAAAAUACAGGAAUCCCAAAAGAAAACAUUAAACACGUGGAACUUGUAUCUGCCCAGACUGGUUAUGGCAUAGAACAACUGAUAAAUAAACUCCAUUCCUUAUGGAAAUACAAAGGAGACGUUUAUCUGAUUGGAUGCACGAAUGUAGGGAAAUCCUCAUUGUUCAAUGCUCUACUGCAGUCUGAUUACUGCAAAGUGCAAGCCGUCGAUCUUAUACAACGUGCAACCAUUUCCCCUUGGCCGGGUACAACGUUGAACCUCCUAAAAUUCCCGAUUUUGAACCCUGUUAAGUGGAGACUCUACGAAAGAAUGAUGCGACUGAAAAGUGAACGAGUAUUGACCCAGGCUGAAGCGAGUGCUAGAAUGGAGGAGUUCCACAUAACGGGUAAAUUAAAAUACGCCACGUUGCAAAAUCGCAUUGGCAGGACAUUUCGAUCGAAAUCAGAGCUCACGCGACAAAUCAAUCCGUUCUUGGAAACGAAGUUCACAAAGCGGCAAGAACAAUUUGGCUUCGACGAGAAUGAGGAGGAGUAUAGAGAGAGCCGCUGGUGUUAUGAUACUCCCGGUACCAUUCAGCCGGAUCAAAUUUUAGAUCUGUUAACGACGCAAGAACUUCUAACGGUUCUGCCGGAUCAGAUAAUCUCACCUAGAACUUUUAUCCUACACUCGAGUCAAACGAUAUUCUUGGGCGGAAUGGGCAGGCUGGAUUACUUGGAAGGCGAUAAGUUUAUUAGGUGCACGAUAUUUUUAAGCGACAAAAUACCAGUGACUGUAACUCUUACUAAAGAUGCGGACAGUGUAUAUGAUGAGUUACUUAAAACGAAAGCCUUCGUCGUACCUGAGAAUAAUCCAAACCGGUUGAAGUACUGGCCGGCAAUGGGAUCUAAGGAGAUGGAAGUUACUUGUAUUGGAAGAAAAGAAUCGGUUGCUGACGUAGUUCUGUCCAAUGCAGGGUGGAUCGCGAUCUCCGGUAAAAAAGAUCAACGUGUUUUAUUGAAGGCUUGGACUCCGCAAGGACGUGGUUUGUACCUCAGAACGCCGGCGCUCUUGAAGAGCUCAGUUAUCCUGCAUGGCAAGCGAGUUUCAGAUAUACCGACAUAUAAAAGUGGACGUCAGGUGUAUAACAAAUAAAAAAAGAUUUCUUAUCCAUAUUUUUAUUCCUAGGAUAUUCUCAUGUCACAUAGUUGUUUAUUUAAUCGAUUUAAUUACUUAGAAAUACAUGUACAUAUUGUCACUAAAUGCACCUACUACAAUGGCUGAAA